AGUAACAAAGGCAUAUAUACAAUGAAACCUAAGAACUCAAGUUCUCAAUUGAAAGCACUUGUUGUGGAUGAUGACAGAGUCAACCGAAUGACUCAUCAAGCGCUGUUGAAAAAGGUUGGGGUGGAAAAUCUUGCUUCAGUGGAAAAUGGGAAAAAAGCAGUGGACCUUUACUGCAAUGGUGAAAGUUUUGACCUAAUUCUCAUGGAUAAAGACAUGCCUGUCAUGAAUGGAAUUGAGGCAACAAAGCAACUUCGUUCAAUGGGAAUUCGUGACAUGAUUGUGGGUGUGUCAUCAUCAUCACGUGGUGCAGAGAAUGUACAACAAUUCAUGGAAGCAGGACUAGAUGAGUACUACACAAAACCCUUGACUGUUGAUACGCUCAAAGCAAUUCUUGAUAAGAUCAAAUCAUGAAAAUCCAACAUUUUACCAUGUUAGGAAACAACGUGGACAAAUCUCUAUGUUGAAUAAUGUGAUAUGUUUCUAUAAAAUGUAGAGAAAAGUUCAACAUCGUCUUUUAUUCGUCAACAAUAUUGUCAACUUGUAGCAGUUCAUUGAUCUUUAGUUUAGAUGGGUUUUUUCUGUAACUU